AUGAAAGUCAUUCUCACAGGUUGCACAGGCUUCAUUGGCAACGAAGUCCUCAAUCAAUGCCUGCAGAACCCCUCCAUCACCGCCGUGGUGGUGCUCUCGCGCCGGGCGCUUGAUAUCCGCGAGUCCGACCACCCCAAGCUAACCGUGCGCAUCAUCGACAACUUCCUGAGUUAUCCCGAGCCGCUGCUGCAGGAUCUCGAUGGAGCACAGGCCUGCAUCUGGACCCUCGGGAAAGCGGUGAUGACGGACAUGGACCUGGCCCGGGAGAUCCAUGUGGACUAUCCGCUCGCCGCAGCCAAGGCAUUCGACACGGCAUUCGGCGCGAAAAUGCCGGCCGGCAAGAAAUUCCGGUUCAUCUUCUGCAGCGGAGUACUUGCGGAGCGAGACCAAAAUAAAUCGCUCUGGAUGGCGGGCGAGUAUCGGCGCAUAAGGGGCAUGGCUGAGAAUGAGCUGGUCGCCUAUGCGAAGGAGCAUAGCGGGACCUUUGAGGCGUACAUCGUUCGACCGGGCAUGGUCGUGUCGUCGGAUGCAUAUCUCAAAUACAUGGUCUUUGGUCUGUUCUCUGCGAUCAAGGUCGAUGCACUGGGUAGCGUGAUGAUCGAGACUGCACUGAACGGCAGGGAGAAGCAGAUUUUCGAGAAUUCCGAUAUGAUCAAAUAA